GACCGGAUUCAUAGUUCUCCGGCGAAACACGAUUUUAUAGGAAAAAUAAAAAUAAAAAUAAAAAUAAUAAUAAAAGGAAACCAGUCAAUUAUUAAAAUUACAGAAAUUAUUAGAGAUUUCGUUUUCUAUAGCAAACAGAAAAUUGUAGAAAUCGUCGUCUUUCUUUAAGCUUCUGUGUAACCUUUAUUGAUUUCGAAACCCUAAUCGAUCCCCCCAAACGCUCAACGAUGAACCACUACGACCACAGACUCGCCGAUCCUACCUCUUACCGAGACCGCCGAAGUGACCUAAUAGGUCCGCCGCCGCCUGCAGCGACGCCACCAGGGACGAGCGGAGCGAGCACGAGCUAUGGUCGUGUCGGUGGUCCAGCUCCAUACGGUGGUCCUCCUCCUGUUGCUGCUUAUUCAACCGGAUCGGCUACGAGUACCGGAAGUUUCAAUGGUUAUCCUCCGUUUCGGCCCCCUUCUGGUCGAUUCUAUAUGGGUCGAGGUGGUGAUGGUGGUGAAAGAAUGGCUAAUGGUCAUUUUGGCGGAGGAAGGAGAGGCGGCGAUGGUGGCCAUGGUGGUGGAAAGGGUCGGGGUUUCGAGUCGACCCGAGGCGGCAGCAGAGCUGGUGGAAGCCAUGGUGGAGGUCGGGCUGGUGAUAGGAGCUCUGUUCAUAGUCGUGGUGGAAGUUCGGGUUUUGGUGGUGGAAGGGGUUUCGAUGGUCGUGGAGGUGGAAGAGGAGGUAGACAUGGUGGUUCAACGAGAGGGGACUUGGAUAACAUCGCUCUUCCUAGGCAGGAUUUUGGAAAUUUGGUUCCUUUCGAGAAGAAUUUCUACAUUGAAAGUCCUUCUGUGAGAGCCAUGUCAGAGCACGAAGUGGUGCACUAUCGUUCAAGGAAGGAGAUUACUGUUGAGGGGCACGAUGUACCGAAACCAAUUCGGAUGUUCGAGGAGGCAAAUUUCCCAGCUUACUGCCUCGAGGUGAUUGCAAAAUUGGGUUUUGUUGAACCAACACCUAUUCAGGCUCAAGGAUGGCCUAUGGCUCUCAAGGGUAGGGAUUUAGUAGGCAUCGCUGAGACUGGUUCUGGUAAGACUUUGGCGUAUUUGCUGCCGGCUGUUGUACAUGUUAGCGCACAACCUCGGUUGGCGCAAGGUGAAGGUCCCAUUGUAUUAGUGUUAGCACCUACUAGGGAAUUGGCUGUGCAAAUCCAAGAAGAGGCUGUGAAAUUUGGUUCGCGUGCUAAUAUUAGGUCUACUUGCAUAUAUGGUGGUGCCCCAAAAGGACCUCAAAUUCGUGAUCUUAAAAGAGGGGUUGAGAUUGUUAUUGCUACGCCUGGUCGACUGAUAGAUAUGUUGGAAGCUCAACACACAAAUUUGCGAAGAGUUACUUACCUUGUAUUGGAUGAGGCUGAUAGGAUGUUGGAUAUGGGAUUUGAGCCUCAGAUAAGAAAAAUUGUGGCCCAAAUCCGACCAGAUAGGCAGACAUUGUAUUGGAGUGCCACAUGGCCAAGGGAGGUUGAAUCCCUUGCAAGGCAGUUUUUACGCAAUCCCUAUAAGGUGAUUGUUGGAUCGGCAAACCUGAAAGCAAAUCAAUCUAUAAACCAAGUUAUUGAAGUUGUGACAGACAUGGAGAAAUAUAAUAGGCUGAUCAAACUGCUGAAGGAAAUGAUGGAUGGGAGCAAAGUUCUGAUAUUUAUGGAGACUAAGAAAGGAUGUGACCAUGUUACAAGGCAAUUGAGAAUGGAUGGAUGGCCUGCUCUAUCCAUCCAUGGUGACAAAAACCAGGCUGAAAGGGAUUGGGUCCUUGCUGAAUUUAAAAGUGGCAGAAGUCCAAUAAUGACUGCCACUGAUGUGGCUGCUCGGGGUCUUGAUGUGAAGGACAUAAAAUGCGUGAUCAACUAUGAUUUCCCAUCAAGCCUUGAGGAUUAUGUCCACAGGAUUGGCCGAACGGGUCGUGCAGGGGCUAGGGGAACUGCUUACACCUUUUUCACACUUGCAAAUGCAAAAUUUGCUAGAGAACUGCUUAAGAUUUUGCAAGAAGCUGGUCAGAUUGUGUCACCUGCAUUGAUUGGAUUGGCCCGAUCAUCUGGUUCUGGUGCAGGAGGAGGUUCUGGUGGAAAUUUCAGGUCCAGAGGAAGAGGCGGCUUUGGCAACCGAUCUUUGAUAUCCGGAUCAAAUACUGUGCCACUAGGUUCCAGGAGAGCUUGGUAGUUGUUUAAUAUUAGUGCAACAGCUACCAGUCAGGAGGCCUUAGGUUUUUUUUUUUUUUUAAAAAGGGGCCUUUUAGUUGUACUUUAUUUUUAUAUCAGUGAUAUUAGUUAAUUUAUAUGUUUAACAAAAUAUUUUAGUUGAAUUUAUUUUUUGUUCUAUC